AGGAGUUGGCAUCACUGGACAGUGGACACAGAUAUAGCUAGGAGAAAAACUUAAAACUUCGCAAGUAACAAGUUUACUUUAGUACACGACUAAACUUGCACUUGGAAUUUGAUUAUUAUUGUUUUCACUUUUCAGUUUAUAUUUCUACUAAAUUUAAACAAUAAAGUAUGUAGUUUUAACAGAUUUACCUUUUUUGGUGUUUACAGUUGCACGUUAUGGGAAGUUUCGCAAUUAGAAAGCAUAGAAAUUGACUCAGAAUUAGAUAUUUAUAUAGCAAAUAUAUUAUCAUCAUUUUGUUAGAAAACUCCUCAACAGAAAAGUGAAUAUGUCUAGAAGUUCUGAAGAUAUUACAUAUGAGGACUUAGAAGAGACAGAUGUAAUAAGUGUGGAACUUGUACCAGAGAGGAAAGGUUUAAUAUUGAAACACUGUGAAUAUUAUGUAAGUUCUCGAAGGCAUGGUACUACUGUUACAAGACGCUACAAUGAAUUUGUUCAGCUGUAUGAUGUGUUAGCAAUUAAAUAUCCAUAUAGAGCAAUUUGUGGUCUACCUCCUAAAAGAGUUGUAGUGGGGGGUGGAAGUCCAUUGUUUCUGCAAAGGCGCCGAGCUGCUUUGCAAAGAUGGUUAACCUUAGUUGCCAGGCAUCCUGUGUUGGCCCAUGACGCUGAUUUACGAAUGUUUUUAUGUGAAACCAAUCUUAAACUUGAUAAGCCAAAACACGAUGAAUUUAUUUUGGCGGGAACGCAAGAAGAUAAUCGGCACGAAAUGACGACACAUGAAAUGCAAGAAGAAUUCGUGUGUGGCCAGGAGCAGUUACGACUUGUGCAGCUGGGUUUGAAGAGGCUAUGCAAGAUCUUUGAGAAAGCUGAAAGCCGUUGUGAAGCUGAACAAAUGGAUAUUCGUGAAUUGGGAGCGGGUUUGAGCGCAUUGUCUGUUACCUCCAAUGCCGAUACGCUGCGAUGGACCAGGGUCAGAGAAUCUAUGAAAGCGGCUGCCCAGCUGGUGUCAGACAUGGAUGAGACUUCCAUAUCCGACGAGGAAUCACAACUGCGUCUCCUAGUAGCUCUAGACGCGUUAGCCGCAUACAAGGAGCUGUGUUCGCGGUUAACGCGAGGAUUGCACGGCGAGAGAGCAGCGGCCGCAGCCAGUGCGCCGCAUAAUGCCGCGUCGCAUAGCCUGCGCGAGCGGCAUAGAUACGCUAUGCGCUGCGCUGUGGAGGAGGCUCGCGUUGCCCGCGCAUAUGCACUAUCCGCCCUCGAGGCUCUGCCCGCAUUGCUGCACACACUGGGCACUGCUCACGCACGCAUCGCCGCCUGUUGGGCUGACCUGCAUACCGCACUCCGGCAUGCCAAUGUUAAAUCCAACCACAGAUAAUACACAUCAGUAUAUUUGUACCACAUAUCUUUACAGGGUUUAGUAAUCCGACCAUAGAUUUAUAUAAAUUGCAGUUUUUUAAGCUGUGGAUAGUGUUAUAAGUAUAUAUAGUGUUUAAGUAUAUCUGGGAGAUCAGUCAAGGCUGAGCCCAGUGGCGUAGGCACCUGGUGCGGAAGUUUUUGGUGUCGCGACUAACUUUUUGAUAGACAAGAUGGCGGAUAUGGGAUGUCAUUUAAGUAUAUUAUGUCAUUGGUAUUAUGAAUACUUUAGCUAUGAAUGGUACAAAAUAUUAUUUAGAUAUAGUGAAAUUUAAAUUGGGCCUUAUACGAUUUUUAUAUAAACAUUCCAAUUUAUAUACUUUUUUAAUUAGUGCUAAUAAAUAAGAAAUUUUAUGUACCACACAUAUAUUUUGUAGGACAUAAUAUUGUCACAUAUUUGGAUAAUAAAUAUUGUUAAUUUUUAUUUAAUAUAAAUGUAUUAAAAAUUGCGUGACUCGAAUAUUAGGAAUCUUGAAAAGUUAUAGGUAAGGACUAGCUAUAAAAUAACUUUUUAAACUAUACAACUAACAGCAGGAACAAGAUAAAUUCGUCAAUUUCAAAAUUGUUUUUGACAGUUCGUAUUGACGCCAAAUAGAUAAAAUACUUUUUAUUACGAUAUCAAUUUGAGUUUAUUAAUUGUUUUUGCUAAGACGUUAAUUUAGAAUUAAUCUAGACUUGUCAUUAAGCAAAAGCGUUUCUUUUUCGUCAUUUCGUUACUAAAUGUUAAUUUGUUAGGUGUACUCUUUGUCACAAUUUAUUUCCGUAGGGUUUCAAUUGCACAAUAACGAUACUGUGACAUCACAGAAGAAUGUCCCGGCUGUAUUCUUUUUUGAAAGGAUCUCGCUGUUGGCCUUAAGGACCUUUACAGCUCAGCUCGGGCUGUUUUGGCGAGCUUAGCUCGGCUUGAAUGGGAGUUUUUCCCGCGACUCGGCAUCUCCUGUGAGACUCAAACCUCGGCUUGGGCCGUCGCGGGGUGGUCAAUCGCCUGAAGGACAGGAAGGAAGCUCACUGGAGUGACUGAAGUAAAGGUCCUCGCUUCCCCGGCGAAGGCGGUUUUUUACCGUAAUCUGUUCAUUGAUAUUAUUAUUAUUACUGGCCGCGCGGGCAGCUUUAAUUUGUCGUUAGCUACGGUAAUUGGAUCAUCCGGAUCCGUUAGUACAUCGGCCUCCUUCGAGCCUUUUUAGUCGGUAAUUUACCCAGCUGUAAAUAAUGGUGUUUGUCUUUUAAUAUAAUGCACGCUGAAGUCUCUUUAUUUAAUUUUAGUCGAAAUUUAUGACGAAAGUUUCAUAAAUAUUUAUAUGUUUUUAAAAUUAUAUUUGUUUUUGUUUAAAUUUUUAACCGUUUGUUAUCGUAUUAUAGUAACUUUAAAUGUAAUCCAAAAACUGACGUCGACAGGUGAUACGAUUUUUAACGAGUCGUAACUUUUACGAAUAGUAUUUUGAAAAAGUUAUUUAGUAUGUUAUAAACAUUUAAAGAAUGAGUUUUGUUUUUCGAUUACGUUUAAUAUGUACCAAAAUGUUUGAAUACUGUGAUAUAAAAUGGCAAUAUCCAAUGUUUGAUAUUAAUAUAUAAUGUUUUACAUAAAUUAUAAGCACAUUUAUAGAAGAGAUAUUUGUAUAUUUUGAA